AUGAAUCCCGCAAACUUCAACGUGGGCGGCUCCAUGCCCGCCGCGCCCACCCCCCAGAUGCCGAGACUCGACAAUAACCAGGUCAUGAUGAACUAUGUCGCCCAGGCUUUACAUGCACAAGGCACCUAUACCGGUUGGCGCGCCGAAGUGCCCAUGAAAGAGCGCGUGGUUCGAGUGUAUCAAAUGUGGGUGACCCGCUCAUUAUCCUGCCCUCGGAGCGAAUCGUGGCCCGUUCCACCCCAAACAAAAGCUUGCGCUCCGAUGACAUCCUUUAUCCUUUUCGUUCUCUUCCCUCUCUCGAUCAUUCAUGCUGAUCAAUCCCUGUCGCCGCCUAGGUUCACCUCCCUUCGCCUUAUCCAACCCCAAGCAGAUCUGCAACACCUGGCCCAAGCUGCCCUCAGCUUUGAGCAGAAGGCCUUCAAAGACGCUCAGCAGAAAGUCGAUUACGACAAAGAAUGUAACGACAAAUUAUUGCAUAUUCGAGACACUCGAGCGAGACAGGCCGCCGUCAUGCAGAAUGGCAUGAUUCCCCCGGGCGCUCCCAAAGCCGGAGGCAUGCGUGGCGUCGGACAACAACCCUCCUUCCCGCAACAGAUGAAUCGAGCCAUGCAAUCCAAUCCCAUGGCCGGUCAACAAGCCAUGGCCAUGGGGAUGACCGAUCCGAAUCAACAGGCCGCCAUGCCGCAGCGAUCGCAACAGCAGCAAGCCAUGAUGCAGCAGCAGCAACAACAACAGCAGCAGCAGCAGCAGCAGCAGCAGCAGCCACGCGCUCAACAACGCUCCGCCAAUACCCUCGCCCUGGUCGACGAGCUGAAUAACCUGACUCCGCAAGAGUACGAGAACGUCAAUCGCGUCGCUCACCAGAUCAUGACCAAGACCUCGCCGGUGGAUGCGGAGAAAAUCAAACGCAACCUGCAGAACAUGAAUCCUGUACAACGCCGGUACCUGACUGAAAGAAACAUCGACCCGGUCGCCUAUUUCUUUCGCUCGCAGGCCCUCGCCCACCUCAAGCGGCAGAUGAAGGCCCGUGUGGACAUGUCUCACCCCCAGAAUACCGGCGUCGACCCCAACAAUGUGAUGAUGGGCGCUGAUCCGACGAUGAACCCCCAGAUGUUCCCGAACAUGAUGAACCUGCAGCGCAAUUCGGCCUUCGCCAUGGGCAACCAGCCAAGUAUGGACCCCUCUUCCUUCAUUGGCAAUGUGGAGAAUAUCCAAGGACAGCAGGCGGAUGGCCUCCGUUCGCAGGAAGCUGGUCAGCUGGUCGUCCCCGCGAGCUCCUCCCAGAUGAACCAACAACCGUUCAACAACGCCCAGAACACCUUCCCGAUGGGCCAACAGCUCGCGCAGGGAGGACAGGCUAAUCUGGGCGCUGCCGGCAUCAACCCCCAGAUGUUCGCCCAACAACACAUGCAAAACACCCCGAAUAUGCCGCCGGAUCGGCCCCAGCCGGCCGCCCCUUUCCAGCCCCAGACUCAAGCACAGAGCCAGGCUCAGGCCCAGGCCCGCGCCCAGGCAGCUCAAAAAGCCCAGAUGGCGAUUUCCCAGGCCGGCCAAGCUAAUUCGCACCUGCAACAGCCCAUGCCGCAGCAAAGCCCUGCCAUGCCCAUGUUGAACCGACCCAUGCCCCCGGGCCAGAUGUCUCCCGCGCAGAUGGCAGCGCAAGUCCGUCCUCCGUCGCGGGCACCCGCCAUGGGCCAGCAGCCUUCCAUGGGAGGCCAGCAGCCUAUGCAGGGUCGACCGCAAAUCCCCCCGGGUCUCCCCCCGGCCAUUCAAGAACAACUGGCGCAAAUGUCUCCAGAGCAGCUGAACCGGGUCUUGGCCCAGCGGCGCGCCAUGGCGAAUAACCCGGCCCUGGCGAGAGCCAACGCGGCCCGGCAAUCCGUGCCCAUGCAGCAGAGCGUGUCCCAGUCCGCGCAGGCCCAGUCGAUGGCGAACAACCAGAACAUGCGAGCGAUGAAUGUACAAGCGCAGCUAGCUGGGAUGGGCGGGGCGCAACAAAUGAUGCCUGGUCAACAAAUGUCCCUCCAACAGCAACAGCAGCAGCAGCAGCAGCGUCAAGAGCUGUAUAAGAUGCAGCUACUCCAACAGUCAGGCGGUAAUCUAGAGCUCUCGAAUGAGCAAAGCAAGGAGAUGGACCGGUUACACUUCCCACCCUCACUUCUGGGAAAUAACCCGAACAUAGUUUCGCUGGUGCCCAAGAAUAUCAAGACGUGGGGUCAGCUCAAACAGUGGGCCGCGACAAAUCCACAACUCCCAGGAGGGCUGAAUCUGCAGAAGUUGAUGGCCCUCCAGAAAUUCCACUUUACGCAAAUCCUCAACCAGAGCAAAGAACGCAGUCGCAACCCAGACCAGGCGGGGCAGGGUCCCUGGAUGUCGGGCCCGACACAAGCCCCCCAGCAACCGCCGAUGAUGAACCCUCAGCAGUUUCCGCCGGGGCAACAGCAAGCUGCGAUCAACAUGGCUGCGAUCCGCCCCGUCACCGCACAAGACAUCCAAGCGGCUCGUCAGCGGCACCCGGCCAUGGCCCAAAACUUCACGGAUGACCAAAUUCGGGAAAGCCUCAACAAAGCCCGACAACGGCAGUUGAUGCUCUUGGCUCAGCAACGCGCGGCUCAAGCGCAGGAGUUGGCCGCCCAACAACAGCAAACCCAGGCACUUCAGCAGACCCCCGUGGGCGGACCAGCUCCUGGCCCCCAUCUCCGCCCAGAGGGCCCCGGGCAGCCCGCAACGCAACCGCAGCAACAAAGCCCGGCGACAAAAGCCCCCACGACCGUACCAGGAAAGAAGGCCCCUCCGGCGAAGCAACAACCCGCGAAGAGGAAGUUGCCGAGCGACGAGACCGCAGACGCGCAAAAUCCCGACAAUCAAGUGGCGCAAAAGCCAACUCAGGCUGGUGCCCCGCAAGGGGUGGCGGCUCCUGCACCCUCCAAGCCCAAUAUGCCAUUCACCAGAGAGCAGUUGGCCGCCAUGACGCCGCAGCAACGUGCGCAGAUUGAAGCACAUAUGCGACGCCAGCAAGGCCAGACUCGUACCAAGGCUGCAGCGGAAGAGGCUUGGAACAAUCUGCCGGAGAAGAUCCGUCAAGCUUAUCAGGAUACCUUGAAACAAGCGCCCCCAGUGAAAUUCGCAGCCAUCACGCCCGAGCAGCAUGCAGCGAUGAACCAGCAACUUCGGGACUGUACUGAUAUGCUGGGCCGGAUGGAUACCCUGGUCCAGUGGUUUGCAAAAAUCCCCGGCCAAGAGAAGAAUGUGCGCAGUUUGCUGGCAAUGCGAAUCCAAUUGAUGAGGCAGUUCAAGAAUAGUCCGGACUGGGUUCUUAAUGACAGCCUGACCAUCUCUCCCGAAAAUUUAACCGCCACCAUAAAUUAUAUUAAGAAGCUCUUCCAUGCGAUGAUCACCCGCGUCAGUCAGCAUCAAAAUCAAGCUCCUGGACAACGACCCGGCGGUCCCCAGCCACCCUUGACACAAGCAAGCCAAAACGCCAUGCCAGCCCUGAAUGCCACGAACCUGCAACAGCUCCAGCAACAAGAGGAAGCUCUCCAACGGGCGCGGCGAGCGUCGAGCCAGACCGCCGUGUCUGCAACAUCGGCCGUUCCACCCGCCCCAUUUGGCGCGCCGUCCCCUCAGGGCGUUCCUCAUGCGUACGGGCCGGGAAGCAUGCCGCCGGAGCAGUUGAAGUUGCCUCCGCCGAAGAAGAGAAAGCAGUCCCAUCCAGGGGCUACCCCCACCGUCGGCACGCCUGCUACCAAGCCGCCAACCACCCGGCCCGCCGACGUCAAAAUGCCCGCGGCCGCGGCAAUUGGUGGGUCGUACGUGUGCAGUGUCGCAGAGUGUCCGCACCAUCUUCGAGGCUUUGCUACCCAGAGCGCGCUGGACAAGCAUGUGGAGGAGAGCCACAAGGAGGAGGCUAUCGAUGAUCCCCUUCAGUUUGCUCUUGACAGUGCCCGCAGUGCCCUGAUCAAGGAUGAGGACAAGACUGAGAUGUCGAGCCUGAAGAAGGAGGCCCAGCCCACCCCUGCGAAGGCCGGCGUGACUGCUUCACCCCUGAAGCCGGAGACUGGUACCACCCCGGCCACUACGGGCACCACCCCGAUGGGCCGCGUCCCCAGCCAGAUGGGCCCGAAGGCCGGUUCCCCUGCGUCCAACCAACCACAACUCACUCCCCGUGGCCCGUCUACCAAGGGACCUACUCCAGCACCGAUGACGAAGGGCAAGGAGACCAAGAAAGAAACCCCGAAGACUUCCGAACCAGCACCGCCUGUGGAGGCCCCCGCCAAAGACCCCUGGGCCGACAGUGCCGUGUCUCUGGAGGCCAUCAACGAGGCGUUUAUCGAUCUCGGGGACAGCGGACUGGGCUUCGGCGCCAUGGACGAAUUUCUCAAUGCGGAUAUGUUCACAAACACGCAAGACACCCCUGAUUCGGUGGAGAGCGCCCCAGUCACCCAGACGCCGAAGGAUGGAGAGCUCCCGAGACCCGAUGACACGACAGGCAAAGCCAACGACGUGCUCCCCGAGGAGAACUGGAUUCCCGCCGAUUGGAUCAAUCUUCCGGGGGGCUUUGAAGACGGAUUUCUGAUGAGCCAACCCACGAUCGAUUUCGAUUGGGAUGCGGUUGAACGUGGCGAACUGGAGAAUGCAUCGACAGCCCUUGUACUGUGA